AUGCCCACCCUCGACCCGAACCUCUAUACCGUUGCGUGGAUCGCUCCACUCGAGCCCGAGGUACGGGCUGCCAGGCAUAUGCUGGAUAAGGUGCACUUGGGAGGAUUUCCUGUCGGUCCUGGCGAUGACUAUUUGUUUCACGCGGGUGAGAUCCACGGACAUAAUGUCGUGAUUGCCACGUUUGCUGCCGGCCAACGGUACGGCACAAACUCUGCAGCGUCUCUCGCAAGCCACAUUAAAAGGUUUUUUCCAAACCUAUGGUUUGGGCUUCUCGUGGGUGUUGCUGCGGGUCUCCCGAACCUCUCAUCCUCGCCCCCUUGCGAUAUUCGAUUAGGCGAUGUUAUUGUGGCGUAUUCUCCUCCUAGCGGAGAUCCCCCAGCAAUUGUACCUUACGGAUUGGGGAAACAGAAGGGAGGCGGUGACUUUGAGUUGCUGUGCAACGGACAUUCCCUACCUCAAACACAACGCAUUGUGGGUUCCGCAAUCGGUAAACUUAAGGCGGAAAAGCGAGACACCCAAGCGAUAUUGGGCUACUACAGAAAUAUAGCGGAUGCAGCCACGCAGUUUCCAGACCCUGGGCAGGAAAACGACGUUCUUUAUCUAUCUGAUGGUGAUCAACCAGUUUCACGACAACGGCGACCGGACGCUGAACGCACGCGUGUAUGGUACGGAUCGAUCGGGUCCGGCGAUUGGCUGCUGAAAAGUCGCCGAGACCGGGAUGCUAUGAGGGAUAAGUACAAUGUAAUUGGCCUAGAGAUGGAAGCUGCGGGCGUCUUGAAUGAAAUCCCGGUGGGAAUCGUUCGGGGGGUUUGCGAUUAUGGUGACGAGCGGAAGAAUAAAGACUGGCAGCCUUAUGCAGCGGCAAUGGCAGCGGCGUUUGCGAAAGCAGUGUUGGCGGAAAUAAUUCGAAAGCCUGCCGCACCAUCAGCAGGUGUCAAAAUAGACAAAGAUAAUUCCUGCCUGCGCGACUUGCUGGUCGCCGAUCCAGAAACUGAGCGACGACGUAUCGAGGCCACAAAGGGCGGUUUACUGGAUGACUCAUUUCGAUGGGUCUUGGAUAAUACUGAAUUCCAGAAAUGGCACAGCGACUCUCAAAGCCAGUUGCUUUGGAUCAAGGGCGAUCCUGGCAAGGGCAAGACCAUGCUUUUGAUUGGGAUAAUCAAUGAACUGUCACAACAAGUUCAGUCACAGCCGUCGCAAUUAAUCGCCUACUUCCUGUGCCAGGCAACUGAUCCUAAACUGAAUAGUGCCACCAGUGUCCUCCGGAGUCUGAUCUACAUGCUGAUCCGACAACAGCCACAUUUGAUCUCACACUUGCGAGAAAGAUAUGACACCGAUCCAAAGCUGUUUGAAAGUGGGAGUAUCUUCUACAGCUUGUCUGCGAUCUUCGACAAAAUGGUUCGGAACCUAACAAACGCCACGAUAUUUCUGCUAAUCGAUGCCCUUGAUGAGUUCGACUUCAUCUGUUCAAGUGAAGUGGAUUGUCUCGAGUCGUAA